CCAGAGAAAUUUUCGUCUCCCAUUCUCGUAUAUACAUGUCUUUUCCUUCCUCUUCAAUCUCUCUUUGUGUUGCUCCGAUUCCAGAUUCGUAGGGUUUGGUAUUUUGGGUGUUUCCCUUAGAGAGAGAGAGAGAGAGAGGAGAGACAGAUAGGGUUGCGGCUAUGGCGGUUUCCAGUGCAUUUGUGGUUGGUCCGAAGCUGGAGACCUUGUUUUUGAAUCAACAUAAUUAUCUUUCGUGGUCUUCUUCGUUGGGCCAUUUGGGUCUCCAUGGAGUUCCUGUUAUUCCGAGGAGCAAUCGGAGUCGGAAAGGACUGAGCCAGAGAGCGCGUUGCGAGCUUUCUUCCUCUGAUUCUGCUUCUAUGGCGUCCAGCAUCUCCGCUCUCGAGCUGCUGAAGACUUCUGCCGCUGACAGGUAUACGAAGGAAAGAAGCAGCAUUAUCGUGAUCGGGCUCAGUGUUCACACGGCUCCCGUCGAAAUGCGUGAAAAGCUUGCCAUUCCCGAAGCUGAAUGGCCACGAGCUAUCGGAGAAUUAUGCAGUUUGAAUCACAUUGAAGAGGCUGCUGUUCUCAGUACCUGUAACCGGAUGGAGAUUUAUGUGUUGGCUCUAUCUCAGCACCGUGGAGUCAAAGAAGUCACAGAAUGGAUGUCAAAGACAAGUGGAAUCCCAGUUUCUGAAAUCUGUGAGCACCGUUUUCUAUUGUACAACAAGGACGCAACCCGGCAUCUUUUCGAAGUCUCAGCUGGUCUCGACUCGCUUGUUCUGGGAGAAGGUCAGAUCCUUGCGCAAGUUAAACAAGUGGUUAAAGUUGGGCAAGGAGUCAAUGGCUUCGGGAGGAACAUCAGUGGGCUAUUUAAACACGCGAUCACGGUCGGAAAGCGUGUUAGAACGGAGACAAAUAUUGCUGCCGGUGCUGUUUCAGUUAGUUCAGCUGCUGUCGAACUCGCUCUAAUGAAGCUUCCGGAAUCUUCGCAUGCAUCUGCUAGGAUGUUGGUAAUCGGAGCAGGAAAGAUGGGGAAGCUCGUGAUUAAACACUUGGUUGCAAAGGGUUGCACUAAAAUGGUGGUUGUGAACCGAAGUGAAGAAAAAGUUGCCGCUAUCCGUGAGGAGAUAAAGGGUAUCGAGAUUAUCUAUAAAUCCCUUGACCAGAUGCUUGCUUGUGCUGCGGAAGCUGAUGUAAUCUUUACAAGCACAGCCUCUGAAACUCCAUUGUUCUUGAAGGAGCAAGUACAAGAUCUUCCUUCUGUUGGUCAAGAAGUUGGAGGUAGAAGGCUCUUUCUUGAUAUUUCGGUUCCAAGAAAUGUGGGUUCUUGUGUUGCGGAAGUAGAAGGUGCUCGGGUUUACAACGUUGAUGACCUGAAAGAAGUUGUGGCCGCAAAUAAAGAAGACAGGGUAAGGAAAGCAAUGGAAGCUCAAGAAAUUAUUGCCGAGGAAUCCAAACAGUUUGCUGCUUGGAGGGAUUCGUUAGAGACGGUUCCCACAAUCAAGAAACUGAGGGCUUAUGCCGAGAGAAUAAGAGUUGCAGAACUCGAGAAAUGUUUGUCCAAGAUGGGUGAUAACAUUGAUAAGAAGACAAGAAAAGCAGUGGAUGAUCUAAGCCGGGGAAUCGUGAACAAACUUCUACACGGUCCAAUGCAGCAUUUGAGAUGUGAUGGCAGUGACAGUAGAACUCUGAGUGAAACGCUCGAGAACAUGCAUGCCCUGAACAGGAUGUACGGUCUCGAGACAGAUUUGUCGGUAUUGGAGGAGAAACUUCGAGCUAAGGUUGGACAGAAGUAGAGUAUCUCUUUCAAGUUUCAGUUUCGGAUUCAGUUUCAGAUUCAAAUUCUUCACUUCCACCACGAGGGACCCGAAUAAAAGGACAAACUUCUCCUGCUCUUGCUCCUCAGUCGUUGGAGCGGGAUCUAUCGAUUCAUUCAUUCGCGAGAAAGACGAUUCUAAUGUUCAUUCCGAAUCCCUCCUUUGUCAAUGUAAGUGUUCCCUAUUCAUCGGAAAAAGUUGUGAAAGAGAUGGUUGUUUCAUGUUUCUGGUUUGAUAGAGGUUUUCCAUUACAACCUUUGUAACUCUUAAGAACUUUGGUACAUUUUACAGUAUAGAGAAUGCAUUUUGUCGGCUUAUUUA